GGGGGCGCCAAGCGCCACCGCAAGGUGCUGCGCGACAACAUCCAGGGCAUCACCAAGCCGGCCAUCCGCCGCCUGGCUCGGCGUGGCGGCGUGAAGCGCAUCUCGGGGCUCAUCUACGAGGAGACGCGCGGCGUGCUGAAGGUGUUCCUGGAGAACGUGAUCCGCGACGCCGUCACCUACACCGAGCACGCCAAGAGGAAGACGGUGACGGCCAUGGACGUGGUGUACGCCCUUAAGCGCCAGGGACGCACCCUCUAC